UGCGUACCUUUCGAUGGAGAUCGGCGGCGCAUACGCGCCCUCGUAGCCUCUGGCCGGCUGCUCGCCGAUAUCGGCGGCAGCAGCGACGGAGGCUCGCAGUCCUGACGGCGCGGCAGUUCAAUUUCCGGUGGCAGUAGUCUGGCUGGCUGGUCAGUUGUCACGGUCCCAGCGGCUUCGAGGUUCCACGCAGCAGCCACAGCGGAAGAUCACUAUCCGACAGUCCUAUUGCGUGCUGCCUCUGUCUAACGCAAGAACUCUUGUCUCUGGCCAGCACCACGGCCACUCUCCCAGACUCCCAGCCUCACCCGCCGCUCCACUAUGCGCAGCCUCCGGGGCCUCCUCGCCCUCUCCGGCCACCUCCCGGGCCGCCACGCGCCGGCGAGCGGCGCCUCCUCCUCUCCCCACAGCGCCCUCUUCGCCCGUGCCCUCCAGAUCCUCUCCCAGCCGGAGCCCGUCCGUCUCGAGAAGCUCUCCGCCCCCGACUCAGGGAUCGUGGAGCUGAGGCUGGAGCGGCCGGAGGCCAGGAACGCCAUCGGGAAGGAGAUGCUCAAGGGCCUGCGGAGCGCGAUGGACAAGGUGGAGGCCGACCCGACGGCGAACGUCCUGCUGUUAGCGAGCUCCGUGCCCAAGGUUUUCUGCGCGGGCGCUGACCUCAAGGAAAGGAGGUUAAUGGGUCCUUGCGAAGUCCGGGAAUUUGUUAAUUCCUUGAGAGCUACAUUCUCAUCCUUCGAGACACUCUCCAUUCCUACAAUUGCUGUUGUUGAAGGAGCUGCUUUUGGUGGUGGGCUAGAAUUGGCUCUUUCAUGUGAUCUUCGUAUUUGUGGGGAGAGUGCAACAUUUAGCUUGCCAGAGACCGGCCUUGCUAUUAUUCCUGGGUAUGUGUCCAGGAUGGCGCUUUCUUUUGCCGCCGCCUCCUCCAGAUCGUGCUUCGCCGCCGGCAUCUGUUCUCCUUCCCACCGCUGCGACCAUGCCGGUAGCAAUCCAAGCAACGAACUAGGCUGGAACGCGUGCAGGGAAAAAAUCAUUGCUAAGCUCUACCAUGAAUCCAAUCAAAUCAAUCACGUGAGAUCAAUUGCUUGUAUCAGCAACUAUUCGGAUCCUUCACAGCCUAUCAAUCAAUCAUUGGAAGGCGGAGCGAACAUCUGCGAGGAAGAGAGGCACGAGCCCAGGCCAUACUUGAAGAACUCGGUGCCUCUCCAGGGUGCCCGAGGCAUGGUCUUUCCCUCGUUGUUCGUUCUCCGGCGAGUGUUCGUGUGAAUUGGACACUAGAUUACAAUUGUACCCCUAAACUUAAGGUGCUCCCAGUUUUUUUAUGUGGUACUCCCUCGCGUUUAAGUUGGAGUACCAAUUAAACACAUCCGUUAGAUCAAGCGAAAUAGAUGGUCCAUAUUAAUUCCA